GCGCGCGUGUAUAUAGGAUGUGCCGCCGCUGCAUGGCUCUGUCCGCCGGCGGCCGCGCCAGCUGCCUGCUCGCCGCCCCUGCGCGCCGGUGACUCCCUCGCCCGGCUUCUCCCCGCCGCCGCCGCCGCUGCUGCUGCUGCUGCAGCCCAGGCUCCUGCCCCCCUCCCCUCACCCCGUGCUUCCUCCUCCUCCUCCUCCUCCUCCCCCCCGCGUACCGGGGCUGCCCUCCUGCGGGCAGCCUCCAUGCGCUGCCCAUGGCCGGGGCACAGCCAGGCGUCCACGCGCUGCAGCUCAAACCCGUCUGCGUCUCCGACCUCCUGAAGAAAGGCACCAAAUUUGUCAAGUGGGACGAUGAUUCCACUGUUGUGACUCCAAUUCUUCUCAGAACAGAUCCACAUGGAUUUUUCUUUUACUGGACAGAUCAAAAUAAGGAGACAGAGCUGCUAGAUCUCAGCUUUGUCAGAGAUGCCAGAUGUGGGAAACACGCCAGAGCUCCCAAGGAUCCAAAAUUGCCGUGAACUGUUGGAUGCUGGGAACCUAGGAGGUCGGCUGGAGAAUCGAAUGAUAACUGUUGUCUAUGGUCCAGAUCUGGUCAACAUAUCGUACUUGAACUUAGUGGCAUUUCAAGAGGAAAUAGCAAAGGAAUGGACGGACAAAGUUUUCAGUUUGGCAACAAACCUGCUGGCACACAACAUGUCAAGGGAUGCAUUUCUGGAAAAAGCUUACACAAAACUGAAGCUGCAAGUCACUCCAGAAGGACGUAUUCCUCUGAAGAGCAUAUACCGCUUGUUUUCCGCUGACAGAAAGCGAGUAGAGACUGCAUUAGAAGCUUGUAGCCUUCCAUCUGCCAGGAAUGAUUCAAUCCCUCAAGAGGACUUCACCCCAGAAGCAUACAGAGUAUUCUUAAACAAUCUCUGCCCUCGGCCUGAAAUUGACCACAUCUUUUCUGAGUUCGGUGCCAAGAGCAGACCAUACCUUACAGUUGAUCAGAUGAUGGAGUUUAUAAAUUAUAAGCAACGUGAUCCACGGUUAAAUGAAAUCCUUUAUCCGCCGAUGAAACAGGAGCAAGUUCAACAACUGAUUGAGAAAUAUGAACCCAAUAAUGCUCUAGCAAAGAAAGGACAGAUAUCAGUGGAUGGAUUUAUGCGAUACCUGGGUGGAGAGGAGAAUGGCGUUGUUCCACCUGAGAAACUGGAUUUGAAUGAAGAUAUGUCUCAGCCAUUAUCUCACUAUUUGAUCAAUUCCUCACACAACACCUACCUCACAGCUGGACAGCUGGCUGGUAACUCCUCAGUAGAGAUGUAUCGCCAAGUGCUCUUGUCAGGCUGCCGCUGUGUGGAGCUGGACUGCUGGAAGGGACGAACAGCAGAAGAAGAGCCCGUCAUUACACAUGGAUUCACCAUGACAACGGAAAUAUCCUUCAAGGAAGUAAUAGAAGCUAUUGCUGAGUGUGCAUUUAAGACAUCGCCUUUUCCAAUCCUCCUUUCCUUUGAAAACCAUGUGGAUUCCCCUAAGCAGCAAGCCAAAAUGGCAGAAUAUUGCAGAUUAAUUUUUGGAGAUGCACUGCUCAUGGAUCCACUGGAAAAAUACCCACUUGAAAGUGGCGUUCCCCUUCCAAGCCCUAUGGACUUAAUGUACAAAAUUCUGGUGAAGAAUAAAAAGAAAUCACAAAAGUCUGCCGAUGGAAGUUCAAAAAAGAAGCUCUCUGAGCAGGCUUCCAACACAUGCAGUGAUACAUCCAGUGGGUUUGAACCCUCAUCUCCUGGAGCAGGAGAAGCAGAGAUCGAGAGUGAUGAUGACGAUGACUAUGAUGAUGAUUGCAAAAAAUCGUCAACAGAUGAAGGCACUGCUGGCAGUGAAGCCAUGGCCACGGAAGAAAUGUCUAACCUGGUGAACUACAUACAGCCAGUGAAGUUUGAGUCAUUUGAGAUAUCAAAAAAACGCAACAGGAGUUUUGAAAUGUCUUCCUUUGUGGAAACCAAAGGGCUUGAGCAACUCACAAAGUCUCCAGUGGAAUUUGUGGAAUAUAACAAAAGGCAGCUUAGCCGGAUUUAUCCAAAGGGAACACGUGUAGAUUCCUCAAACUACAUGCCACAAGUCUUCUGGAAUGCUGGCUGUCAGUUGGUUGCUCUUAACUUCCAAACUGUAGAUUUGUCUAUGCAAAUAAACAUGGGGAUGUAUGAAUACAAUGGCAAAAGUGGUUACAGGCUAAAGCCAGAGUUUAUGAGAAGACCAGACAAACAUUUUGACCCAUUUACUGAAAGUAUUGUGGAUGGAAUAGUAGCCAACACUUUGUCUGUGAAGAUAAUUUCAGGUCAGUUUCUUUCGGAUAAGAAAGUUGGUACUUAUGUAGAAGUAGACAUGUUUGGCCUGCCUGUGGAUACAAGACGAAAAGCUUUAAAGACAAAGACAUCUCAAGGCAAUGCUGUUAAUCCUGUAUGGGAAGAAGAACCCAUAGUAUUUAAGAAGGUGGUUCUGCCUUCUCUGGCAUGUUUGAGGAUAGCAGUAUAUGAAGAAGGAGGAAAGUUUAUCGGGCAUCGGAUAUUGCCUGUCUCAGCAAUUCGACCAGGCUAUCACUACAUCUGUCUGAGGAAUGAGCGGAACCAACCUUUAAUGCUGCCAGCAGUCUUUGUGUACAUAGACGUUAAAGACUACGUACCCGAUACUUAUGCAGAUGUGAUUGAAGCAUUAUCCAAUCCAAUUAGAUACGUAAACUUGAUGGAACAAAGAGCUAAACAGCUGGCAGCACUCACACUGGAGGAUGAAGAAGAGGUAAAGAAAGAGGUUGAUCAGGGGGAUGCACCAUCAGAAGAUAAAAGUGAGCCCAGACCAACACCAGCAGAAAAUGGACUAAGUCACUCCACUUCUCUGACAACGAAGCCAGCAACUCAGCUUGUCCAUAGCCAACCAGUCCCAGGUUCUGUGAAAGCACCUGCAAAAACAGAAGAUCUUAUUCAGAGUGUCCUAACAGAAGUGGAAGCACAGACCAUUGAGGAGCUAAAACAACAGAAGUCAUUUGUUAAACUUCAGAAGAAGCACUACAAAGAAAUGAAGGACCUUGUAAAGAAACACCACAAGAAAACCACUGAUCUGAUCAAAGAGCACACUGCAAAAUACAACGAAAUUCAGAACGACUACCUGCGACGCAGGGCAGUCUUAGAAAAAACCACAAAAAGGGAUACUAAGAAAAGAUGUGAAACUGGCAGCCCGGAUCACAGUUCAACUAUUGAACAAGAACUGGCUGCCCUUGACUCAGAAAUGACCCAGAAGUUAAUAGAACUGAAGGAAAAGCAACAACAGCAGCUGCUCAAUCUCCGACAAGAACAGUAUUAUAGUGAAAAGUAUCAGAAGCGAGAACAUAUUAAGCUGCUCAUUCAGAAGCUGACAGAUGUGGCAGAGGAAUGUCAGAGCAGCCAGUUAAAGAAACUGAAAGAAACUUGUGAAAAAGAAAAGAAAGAGUUAAAGAAGAAAAUGGACAAGAAGAGGCAGGAGAAGAUCACAGAAGCUAAGUCCAAGGAUAAAAAUCAAGUGGACGAAGAGAAGACAGAAAUGAUUCGAUCGUAUAUCCAGGAAGUGGUGCAGUACAUAAAGAGGCUAGAAGAUGCUCAGAGUAAAAGACAGGAGAAACUCGUAGAAAAACACAAGGAGAUUCGUCAGCAAAUACUGGAUGAAAAGCCCAAGUUACAAGGUGAACUUGAUCAGGAAUAUCAAGACAAAUUCAAAAGGCUCCCUCUGGAAAUUCUGGAGUUUGUACAGGAUGCCAUGAAAGGGAAAAUCAGUGAAGAUGGAGACCACAGUUCUGCCACUUCAUCCCUGACAUCUGACAGUGGAAAACUGAACCAUAACCCUCUGCAAAAUGAAGAGGAAACGGAAGAAAAUAAUCCAGAUAAAGUGUUCGAUACCCCUUUUUAACUAUCCAAGGCAGCCCACAAGCAACAGUUAUUGUGCCAGGGCGUGCCUCACCCAUGCUGCCCAUUCUCUGGUUUCCUGUUAUGAGCUGCCAUUGAAAAGCUUCUGAAUGCAGAAGGCAUCUGUAUUGAAGUUCACAUUUUAAAAAGAAACAUUUUAUAAAGAGAUUGUGCAAAGGUCUUCACUCUCAUGCUUCAUUUUUUUUUAGUGCAGUGAGCGUAGGGAAUGAAUGUGUUAAUACUCCCCGCUCCCCCAAUUUACAAUGGGUAAUUUUCAGGCCUUAUGCACUUUUAAGAUAGUUUAAUGAAGACCAGAGUAUUGUACACAGACAAAUGUGCACAGAUUUCCUUUUAAAGUGCCAGUGCAAAGCAUCCCAAACUAAUACUGAUCUUACAGAAUUGUAUGACAAUAUUUAAUCAUUUUUGUUUCCUACUUUCUAACUGCACCUUGACAGGUGUGUCAUUAUGUUCCAUUUGCACUGAAACAUUUGAUCCUUUUUAGCUUUGCAAGCACUGGUGGCUUGCUGUCUUGAUAUUAUGUUUAUCAUGUGGAGAGAAAUAUAUUUGCUGCUGAAAAAAAUCCUUUGUUGGAACUGUGGUGAUUAGAGUAAGUUUAAAACCAAGAGUUGGACUUAGUCUGCAUAGAGAAAGAGUGUGUGUGUAUGUUGUACACUUGUGUGAGUGCAUAUAUGUUUGAGCAUAUACAUACACACACACACACACAUACAUAUACACACACAGCAUGUAUGUAUUUGCAGUCAGUCUGCUCUCAUGACAAAAUGAAAAGUUUCAGGGAUACAUGAAUAGAAAACCUUUAUAGAUUGUAACCUCUGGGUUACAGUGAUAUUAAACAAACGUUAAAUCAUAAGAUUCUUUUCGUGUUGUUGGUGUUGUAAAUUGAAGUACAUUUAGCAAAUAAAUUUGAUACAUAUUUUGCAGACUUGAAAGUAUUGAUUUUAAGUAUCAUAUUUCAAGCUUACUGAAUUUGAUAGGGUUAUAAAAAUGUUUAAAACUACAGAUUUGAACAUUUAGGAACAUUUUCCAUCAUUUUUAAUUCUGCAGUUCAGUUUUACUAACGUCUGCAGU